CUCUACGGAAAGUUUGUUUCUUUUCGGAUGCGCUUCACUCUGUUGUGCUGAACUCGUGCUCCGCUCCACAAAGAACUAUCGUGGCUUAUACUUUUUUGAACAUGUACGUGGAAUUAGUCGAAAAGUAUUAUAAACCAAGUUAAGCAAACGAUUUAUAACCGAAUAGAGGAGCUGAACUUCUGCACACCUUUGAGCAGCAGGAUGAUGCAGGCAGGAGUCUGUCUGAGACAGGACACUGAGACAACACUACCAGAGCUCACUGAGCAGCACAGGAUCAGACUGAAAGAAGAGGAACUCAGUGGACUGGAGUCAGAGACAGAGUGUGCUGCACCAGGACUCAACACACUGGAGCCAGAGUGUGUUACAGCACACAGCGGGGUCAGCGAUGGACACCACACACACACAUCAGUGAUAAAAACAGAAGCUGAUCUGGGCUCCACCCACACUGGGGAUCUUAUUAAGACGGAGAGCCCUGAAAGGACAGAGCUGGGAUAUGUGACCCAUCUGCAUCCUGACCAAAUCAAAACAGAGACUGAAGAUGGAGGAUACCAUAUUGGAGAACAGAUCAGUGAGGAGGAUUUUAAUACGGAAUCUGAUCAAAUAAAGUGUGAAUCCAGUGAAAGUUUAGUGAGUGAUCUCAUGAACACUGUGAUGGAUGGAGCUGGUGUUGAUCUCAAAGAUCAGGCUGAACCAUGGCAAUGUGCAGGAGAGACAAUUUCAAAUAGCACCAAACAUAUACAUUGUCAGAGAAUGAAUGUCUUCACUGAAUCCAUGAUAAUUAAUUCACGAAAAAAGCCAAGCCUUUUGAAUUUCUCUCAAAAGAAGAUAAUUCAUAGAAAGAAAGGUGAAAAUCAUACAGUUGAAAAGCCACACAAGUGUACACAAUGUGAGAAACGUUUUCAUGCAAAAUCUCAUUUAAACAGACACCUGAGAAUUCAUACUGGUGAAAAGCCCUACAAAUGUAUUCAAUGUGGAAAGUGCUUUUCCCAAAUAGCUCAUUUAAGUAGCCACCAGAGAAGUCAUACUGGUGAAAAGCCCUACAAAUGUAUUGAAUGUGGAAAGUGCUUUUCCCAAAUAACUCCUUUACGUAGCCACCAGAGAAUCCAUACAGGUAAAAAGCCCUACAAGUGUGUUGAUUGUGGCAUAUGCUUUUCCCUUAAAUGUAAAUUAAACAGCCACCAGAGAAUACACACAGGUAAAAAGCCAUACAAGUGUACACAUUGCGAGAAGUGUUUUCAUGCAAAAUCUAUUUUAAAUCAACACUUGAAAAUUCAUACGGGUGAAAAACCCUACAAAUGUAUUCAAUGUGGGAGGUGUUUUUCCCAAAUAGCUCAUUUAAGUAGCCACCAGAGAAUUCAUACUGGUGAAAAACCCUACAAAUGUAUUCAAUGCGGAAAGUGCUUUUCCCAAAUAACUCCUUUACGUACCCACCAAAGAAUUCAUACAGGUAAAAAGCCCUACAAGUGUAUUCAAUGUGGGAAGUGCUUCUCCCAAAGAGCUCAUUUAAAUAGCCACCAGAAAAUUCAUACAGGUGAAAAGCCAUACAAGUGUACACAGUGUGAGAAGUGUUUUCAUGCAAAAUCUAUUUUAAAUCAACACUUGAAAAUUCAUACUGGUGAAAAGCCCUACAAAUGUAUUCAAUGUGGAAAGCGCUUUUCCCAAAUAGCUCAGUUUAGUAGCCACCAGAAAAUGCAUACUGGUGAAAAGCCAUACAAGUGUACACAGUGUGAGAAGUGUUUUCAUGCAAAAUCUAUUUUAAAUCAGCACCUGAGAAUUCAUACAGGUGAAAAGCCAUACAAAUGUAUUCAAUGUGGGAAGUGCUUUUCCCAAAGCGCUCAUUUAAGUAGCCACCAGAGAAUUCAUACUGGUGAAAAACCCUACAAAUGUAUUCAAUGUGGGAAGUGCUUUUCCCAAAUAACUCCUUUACGUACCCACCAGAGAAUCCAUGCUGGUGAAAAGCCCUACAAGUGUACACAGUGUGAGAAGUGUUAUGAAUUUGAAUCUCAUUUGAAUACACACCUGAAAAUUCAUACUGGUGAGAAGCCAUAUGAUUGUACCAAGUUUAAGAAGUGUUUUCGUGAAAAUUUGUUUUUAAAUACACACCUGGGUAUUCAUGAAAGUGAAAAUCCGUACAAAUGUACACACUGUGAGAAGUCCUUUCCUGUAAAAUCCUCUUUAAAUAGACACCUGAGAAUUCAUACAGGUGCAAAGCCCUACACGUGUUCUCAGUGUGAGAAGUGUUUUUCUAGAAAAUCCGAGUUUAAUACCCACCAGAGAAUCCAUACAGGUGAAAAGCCAUACGAGUGUACAGUUUGUAAAAAGUGUUUUUGUAUGAAAUCUUAUUUAACUGCACACCUGAGAAUUCAUACAGGUGAAAAGCCUUACACAUGUUCUCAGUGUCAGAAGUGUUUUUCCAAAAAAUCUAAUUUAAAUAGACACCUGAGAAUCCAUACAGGUGAAAAACCCUAUAAAUGUAUUCAUUGUGGGAUAUGCUUUUCCUGUGGAUCUAAUUUAAAGAAACACCUGAGAAUCCAUACAGGUGAAAAUCCUGAAUCAUGAAUAUCCUGACAGAUGUAUUCGUUGGAAAGUGUCCUUUACAUUAUAUCGUUUGUGAAGGAAGGGCAGGGAUAUCCAACAGAUAACCCAAGAAGCCAUCCUUUCAUAAUUGUUUAAAUUUAAAACAGCUUGUGGUUUCUUAUUUGAUGGAUAUGUUGUCAGACUUAAAUUAGUAAAAGAAAAAUCUCCUUUUGAGAUUCUUUGCCGAUCGUAUUUUGGACAGACACACAAUGACUGGGUCACUCAAAUGCCAUUUUCCGUUUUUAGCAAGCCAUGUGUUGUGCUCUUAAAAUGUACUUUUGAUUUCUUGUAAAUGUGAAAUGUAAUUCCCUGUUGAUUGUGUGGUAUUUUCUAAUGAUGACAUUGACACCAGUGUAAUUAGUUUGAAUGAAACAAUGUGAAAACUGGAUAUGUUGUAUAAAGAAACAUGGAAAUGUGUAUUACAAACUUGUAUUCUGAAAAUGAACUUGACAGCACUGGCCCUUUUCCGUUCUUAUAGUGCCAAUGUGGAGGCUGUGCUGUGUUUGUCUAAAGCUGAGCAUGAGACUGCAGACAAUGUUUAAUCUGUGGUGGCAGCAUUUUUAUAGUUUUUCCGAGUAUUAAAUGAAUUGCACUGUGUGUUAAUGUGGCCUCGCAGGUGUACUGUAUAUUUCCUGACGAGGUGCAGUAAAAUGCAGUAGAACUGAGACAGUGGCGCAGUUUUUGUUGCUUAGGCCGUGUACGUACACGAGCACAUUCGGUUUGAAACAAAACGAUGAAUACGAGGUGUAACUGCAGAUUGUCAGCGGUAGCUUUAUCAUAGGUAUUCUCCACAUCUACACAUUUCAAUAAAU